GGGAAAUAGAACUACGUAUAUAUAACACCCGGCACCUUAGAUAUCUAUCUAGAUUGACUUCAAUAAUUCCGAACCAUACAAUAAACCUCCACAUUAUAUAGAAAUCCUCCAAAUCUCGUAUCUAAUAACCCAGAGGCUCAUUAUGUCGGCAAGCAACUUCUCGGUAGCCAGUAAAAUCAAGCUGCCGAACGGCAAGCUCAUGCCCCAGAUCCAGCUGGGCUUAUACAAGAUGAGUCCUCAGGAAGCCAAGGCAUCCGUGCAGUCGGCGUUGGCUGUGGGCUACCGGGGCUUCGACUGUGCUCAGAUGUACAACAACGAAAGGGAAGCUGGAGAAGCUAUCCGUGAUUACCUUCCCGGCUAUCACGGCAGGGAAGGAGACCCCACGCGCCUCGACGUAUUUUACACCUCGAAAUUAGCUAGCAAUAGUAAAUCUUACGAUACCGUGCGCCGGUCUAUACGGCAGUCUGUUGACGCCUGCGGGCUCGGCUAUAUCGAUCUAUUUCUCCUUCACAGCCCGUAUGGCGGUCGCGAGGCUCGACUGGCGAGUUGGAGGGCCGUUGAGGAUGCGAUCGAUGAGGGGGAGGUCAAGUCGGGUGGAAUUAGCAACUACGGAACCCGCCACCUAGAAGAGCUCAUUCUGGCAAAGCCAAGGCACCCCCCGCAAGUCAACCAAAUCGAAGUCCAUCCUUUCAACACGCAGACUGAGAUUAGGGCUACAUGCGCCAGGUUUACUAUCGUCGUGGAGGCCUACGCUCCGCUAGCUCAUGGGAUGCGUAUGAAACAUCCGACCAUCGUAGAAUUAUCGAAGAAGUACUCGUGUACGCCUGCGCAGCUAAUGAUUCGGUGGUCGCUUCAGCACGGACUCGUUCCUUUGCCAAAGAGCACAAAACGCGAGCGUCAGAUUGAAAACGGCCAGGUAGGCGGCUUUGAGAUCUCCGCGGAAGAUAUGGAGAGAAUGGACGGACUCGAUGAGAAACUGGUUACGGAUUGGGAUCCUACCGAUGCGCCUUGAAGCGAUGAUGGAACUCUGAGCCAUCGGUGUUGAACUAUAUUCUUCUAUAGGGCGGGUCUAUUGAGUUGCACGUUUCUUACAACUAAAAGUAAAGGGGGAUUCACUGUCACUUUAUUGCCUAUGUAUACUAAAAUCUUCUCUAAUAGUCACGGGCAAAUCUGUAUAUAAGGACUAGGUAGGAACUCAAUCGGCGCAUAAUUAU